GUUGCAUGCAAAUUAUUCACUGUUUGUCUCGCAAGUCGAAUGUACUUCGGGCAUGCAGCAUCCACAACCCCGCGGCAAAGACCGCUGCCGCCAUCCUCAUCCGACAUGAAGGAUCAUGCAGGUUUCCUGCCUUCGUAUGCGCCGCACGAAAUGACCGAGAGUCCAUCGCCGUCCCCGGCGUCGCAGCACGCGCGAUCGUCGUCGCUGUCCAUGGACGAUCCCACGGUCCAGAAGUCUCUCUUCGACAUGUUCAACAAGCGAGGGUACAACCUCAUCUCGCCGUCCAAAUCGAUGGUGAACGGCAACAACGACAGCUUCUCCAGCACCGCGUCGUCGUCCAUGUCGAGUGUGAUCGGGUUCCGCGAACCCUUGCAUGGGCAGACUCCGAUCCACAUUGCGAUCCGUCGGGGAGACGUCCAUGUGGUCGAAGCACUGCUGAAGAGCGGAGACGCGGACGUGCUCCAAAUGCGCGACGACCACGGCAACACCCCGCUGCACUUUGCUGUCGGCACAUCGUCGAGACGCAUGUCCGUGUCCAUCGCGACGCGGAUGGUAGCGUUGCUCCUGGACGCCGGCGCGAGUGUGCAUGCUGUCAACCACAAGGGCCUCAGUCCCAUCAUGGUGCAUCUUCUCACGGUCCGGAAGGACGACCCGAGCAUCCUCACCAUGCUGCUCAAGCAUGGCAGCAACGCGAACGCAUGUGUGGACAGGGUGCCGCUGCUGCACUUGGCCGUAGCCGCCAAGUUGCCCAUGUUCACGGCGACAUUGAUCCGCCACGGCGCACAUCUGCAUGCGACCAACGACCUCGGGCAGUUCCUUCGGGAAGUCGCGCCCAUGAACAUGCUCGUAACCAUGUUGGCGCACUUGACGUCGGCGCCGUCAUUCCUUCCCCUGGACGCGCAUAGCCAAUGCAUGGACUGCCGCCGCCACAUCAAGCCCGCCAAGCGCCAGAAUUUGCCCAUCUUGUUUCGAUGGUUCUUUUUCCGAUCUACCAGUACCCAAGCUACGCACUGCUUUCACUGCGGAUGGAUCUACUGCAGCUCCUGCACAACCAUUCAACCAGUUCGCGACGGCCUUCCAUCUAGUUGCCGCCGAUCCGAAGCUGAGGAAGAGGAGGAUAGGCUCAGUCGGCCAUUAAGCAAGCGAUUACCCUUGUCCAGAAGACCUCCCGCCGACAUGAAGAAGGAUGUGAGCAUUCGCGUAUGCCGAAUAUGUGCCAACUUGCUCAAGGAACGACUGGUCAAAGCUGCCUCUGCUGGGGCUAGAGCCAGUUUAUAUCGAUUUCAACAGCAGCAGCUGCCUUCAGCUUCAACAACAUCAGCAUCAGCUUCGUUGCACCAUACCCCUCGUUGAUUUUCAACCAAGAACAGACUCACGAUAGUACUACUAGACAUCCUACAGAUACACAUGAAUAAUAUGUACACGCCACCAUGACCGAUAUUAAUUAGUACUUACUAGUUUGUACAUAAUUAAUAGUUUGUACCAGUACACAAUAUAUAUAUAUAUAU